AUGCUGGACGGCCUGAAGAUGGAGGAGAACUUCCAAAGCGCCAUUGAGACGUCGGCCUCCUUCUCCUCGCUGCUGGGCAGAGCGGUGAGCCCCAAGUCUGUCUGCGAGGGCUGUCAACGGGUCAUCUCGGACAGGUUUCUGCUGCGGCUCAACGACAGCUUCUGGCAUGAGCAGUGCGUGCAGUGUACCUCCUGCAAAGAGCCCCUGGAGACCACCUGCUUCUACCGGGACAAGAAGCUCUACUGCAAGUAUGACUACGAGAAGCUGUUUGCUGUCAAAUGUGGGGGCUGCUUUGAGGCCAUCGCGCCCAACGAGUUUGUGAUGCGGGCCCAGAAGAGCGUGUACCACCUGAGCUGCUUCUGCUGUUGUGUCUGCGAGCGGCAGCUCCAGAAGGGCGAUGAGUUUGUCCUGAAGGAGGGGCAGCUGCUCUGCAAAGGGGACUAUGAGAAGGAGCGGGAGCUGCUCAGCCUGGUGAGCCCGGCAGCCUCAGACUCAGGCAAAAGUGAUGAUGAAGAAAGUCUUUGCAAGUCAGCCCAUGGGGCAGGGAAAGGAGCCGCUGAGGAUGGCAAGGACCAUAAGCGCCCUAAACGUCCCAGAACCAUCUUGACAACCCAACAGAGGAGAGCAUUCAAGGCCUCGUUUGAAGUAUCCUCCAAGCCGUGCAGGAAGGUGAGGGAGACGCUGGCUGCAGAGACAGGGCUGAGCGUCCGUGUCGUUCAGGUGUGGUUCCAGAACCAGAGAGCUAAGAUGAAGAAACUGGCCCGGCGGCAGCAGCAGCAACAGCAAGAUCAACAGAACACCCAGAGGCUGAGUUCCGCUCAGACAAAUGGUGGCGGGAGCGCUGGGAUGGAAGGGAUCAUGAACCCCUACACCGCUCUGCCCACCCCACAGCAGCUCCUGGCCAUCGAGCAGAGCGUCUACAGCUCAGAUCCCUUCCGACAGGGUCUCACCCCACCCCAGAUGCCUGGAGACCACAUGCACCCCUAUGGUGCUGAGCCCCUUUUCCACGACCUGGAUAGUGAUGACACCUCUCUCAGUAACCUGGGUGACUGCUUCCUAGCAACCUCAGAAGCCGGGCCCCUGCAGUCCAGAGUGGGAAACCCCAUUGACCACCUGUACUCCAUGCAGAAUUCUUACUUCACCUCUUGA